GGCUCGACCACUGCCAGGGCUGGCCAGCAAGACAAUAUCAGCUGGGCCCAUCUUCUCUCUGCAUUGCUCAACAGCUUACACCACUCAGUAGACUCGAGAGAGAAUCUCCUCAUCAAUAUCACGAGCAGAUUUUCCCAAUUUAUUUAUUACUACAUUACAUAUUUUAGUGAUUUCCUUCUCAUAAUUUUCCAUUUCUCUCACUACUUAUUCACCUGAAAGGGGAGAAAGCACAUGCUCGAUCUCCACCCCCUCACUACAUAGAGUGUCACGAUCGAAGAUCCGAAAACACACGCAUCCGCGCGGGUGUGUGUGUUUGCUGUUUAUGCGCUAGAGACGGCGGCCGCUGCCUACUCCUCUCUAAUGGCCGACGAGCCCAUGCCCACGCGCUGGUCGUUUCAGGAAUUUAAAUUGUUUUAUGAUUCCAAGUUUGGGAGGAAGAGGGAGUCUGAGCGGAAAGAUACAGCUGCAAAUGGUCACCCAGUGUCUAAUGGAGGUCAUUCAAAUGGAACGGUCAAUGGAAGUACUAGUGUGAAGAACACAUCUGACUUGGCUAUCUAUGAACAAUUCAGGAACCAGAAUGGCGGGAAUGUGGUCCAAUCUAAUGGAGCACCUCUAGGACAAGACGAUAAACCGCAAAGAUCUUUACUUCCUCCCUGUGAGUCAGCAGAAGUGCGUGCCUUGGCAGAGAGUUUAUGUAGAGAUAUCAUCCGUGGUAGUCCAGAUGUUAAAUGGGAAACAAUAAAAGGAUUAGAGAAUGCAAAACGGCUUCUGAAAGAAGCUGUUGUUAUGCCUAUAAAAUAUCCACAGUACUUUACUGGUCUUCUGACGCCGUGGAAAGGAAUUCUUCUUUUUGGACCACCUGGAACGGGAAAGACUAUGUUGGCAAAAGCUGUUGCGACUGAGUGCAAAACCACAUUCUUCAAUAUUUCUGCGUCAUCAAUUGUUAGCAAAUGGAGGGGUGAUUCUGAGAAACUGGUAAAAGUAUUGUUUGAGCUUGCUAGGCAUCAUGCACCAUCAACUAUUUUUCUGGAUGAAAUUGAUGCAAUUAUCAGCCAACGAGGUGAAGGACGCAGUGAACAUGAAGCCAGCAGGCGUCUGAAGACUGAGUUGCUUAUACAGAUGGAUGGUUUGACAAAGACAGAUGAACUUGUUUUUGUUCUCGCCGCAACCAAUCUCCCAUGGGAACUAGAUGCAGCAAUGCUUAGGCGUCUGGAAAAGCGGAUCCUGGUACCACUUCCGGAACCAGAAGCAAGACAAGCGAUGUUUGAAGAACUAUUGCCAUCGAAAUCCGGAGAGGAACUUCCUUAUGAUUUAUUAGUCGAGAAGACUGAAGGUUAUUCAGGGUCAGAUCUUCGCCUGUUAUGUAAGGAGGCUGCUAUGCAACCAUUGAGACGGCUAAUGACAUCUCUUGAGGAGGCACCAGAGCGGGUGCCUGAUGAUGAGUUGCCAAAGGUUGGGCCAAUCACACAUGGAGACAUAGAGGUGGCAUUGAGGAACACUAGACCUUCCGCUCAUCUCCUUGCACAUCGUUAUGAGAAAUUUAACGAAGACUAUGGCAGCCAAAUACUCCAAUGAAGGCACGCACAUCUGUUUCUUACCUGUAAUUUAUUUUUUGACAUGUUGUGCCUUGCCAUCCUCUUAAGAUCGAGGGCUUCAAAUAAUGUCUGUUGUUUCCUGUUGAACGGUGAAUAUUUGCGAUUAUGGUUGUGUUAUGUCAAUCCCUGAUAAAUCUGUGGUAAGAUGGUUAAAUUAUGUUGCUUAGUUUCAACUUUUUUAUUGCUAGACUAGAUGUGUUUCAUUUGUAUACAUUCUAGGCAUGUUGGAAGCAAUGUUAUUGUUUUACAUGUAUUCAUUAGUGCAAUGAAAUUUUGUUUCUUGACAUGAAUCCAAA